GGGUUUAACCCGACCUUUGGCCCAUGCUGGGUGAACCUGUACGGUUCUCCUCAGAACUCCACCCUCGGAGACGUCCACCAGGCUUUAAACCAGGGUUGGGGUGAUGGCAUCUUCUACCGCGGUCGAAUCCUCCUGGCUCUCUCUGUGGAGGUGUACACCUCCCCUGCUGCCAUAGCACCAGAUAAACCCUCUGCCGCUUUGGGGAAGUAGCGUCUUCUAGCGGAUUGGUUGAGGAGUCAGGAGAUGCAGGAGUUGAGGUACCAGAAGCUGUAACUGUGGAGGUCGAGGAGACCCAUCCACUUCCUGAGGGUUUCCUGGGUCACACGGAAGAAUUUCUGUUAUUUGCGUCUCUGUUUGAGGUCACUAUGAUGGACCCGUCUGUAGGAACCAGACCAAUGAUAUUCGAACUCUCAAUAGGGAAUUAUGGGAAGGUUUUGGGGGUUGGGAAGUCAAAGAAGAGCCAGAGCAGGGAGGAGCUGAGGAGGAGCAGGGACGAUCUGAGGAGGAGUAAGGAGGAUCUGAAUGAGGAGGCGCAGGGUCUGCUGGAGUCUGAGGAUGAGCUGGACAGAGAGGAUCUGCUGAGUCCUAAAUCUGAAAACAGAUCUGUGACUGCUCCUGCAAGACCCCAGCCCACCGAGUACGACAGGUCGUUCCAAUGUCUUCCUCUCCAGCCCCCCUCCGAGAAACAGAAGCCUUGUCUGUUUGUCUGGAGUCAGUUUGAAGAUCACAGCUUUCGUCUCUAUCAGGCCAACUGGCUCAACAAGACAGCUGACCGACUGGAGAUUGGUCUUGAUGGGGUGGAAAGUCUCUUGAGGAGGCCGAGAAGUAACGCUAAAGGCCGUUUGGUGGAGGUGCUGCUGGAGCUGGUGGCCUCCUGCAAACAGUUUAGUGUUUUCUCAGACAGGAGGUCUCAGUCUCGACCCAACAACCUGGACCGGUGCAGGAAGGACUUCAUCAAGAAACAUUUGGUCCUUGUUGCUAGACAAGCUGUGAGGGCCAGGAGAAGGGUCACAAGGAGGAUGGCAAAACAGCGUUUGAUGGAAAGCAGGAAACUCCUGAGGAAACUCCGCCUGCUGGCUAAAGAGCCCCAGACUACCAUCCCGGACGCAUUUCUGUGGUUACUGAGUGGAAGCAAGCGGUUGGCCUACGUCAGGAUCCCUGCAUACUCCAUCCUCUUUUCAUUGGUGGAGGAGCAAAGGGGGCGGGACUGUGGCAAGGUCACCACCCUCUACAUGAAGUCUCCGGAUGGUUCGGCAAGUGAGAUCUUUGCAAAGCUGGAGGUUUUCAUGUGGCUCGGCCUGGCCAAGUACAGUAAAGAGGCCACCAACUGUUUGCCGGAGGAGUUUCUGCCAAUCUACGAGGAAGAGGACGAGGAGCAGAGGAGGCUGGUCCCUGCAGGGAGGAUGAAGCUUCCUGUCAGUCUGUCCUGCCAAGACAGCAGGUACUUCCAGCUACGAUGUCACAUGUAUCAGGGGCGUGGCCUGAUAGCUGCUGAUGAUAACGGCCUAUCAGAUCCUUUUGCCAAGGUUCUCUUUUCUACUCAAUGCCAAGUCACCAGGGUUUUAAAUGAUACGAUCUCUCCUGCCUGGUGUGAAAGUUUGUUGUUUGACAGAGUUCUGCUUGAGGGUACGAGGGAGGAGCUCGAACAAGACCCUCCCCUUAUCACCAUCAACAUCUACGACCAGGAUGCCAUG